GUCAGACCAGUCACAAGAUGAUGAAAAAACAUUGAACGCGUCUCUACCAUUCAGAGCAGCCGCUUCAGGGACCUUUUUAAAACUCUGCAACAAUGAGUGAAUCACUGGCCGUGUGCGACGUGGACGAAGAUCUGGUGAAGAAGCUGAAGCAGUUUCGUUUCAGGAAGGAGACGAACAACGCCGCCAUCGUUAUGAAGAUUGAUAAAGACAAGCAGCUGGUUGAUUCUUGAAGAGGAACAGAGGAUAUUUCUCCUGAUGAUCUCAGGGAGGAAGUUCCUGAGAGACAGCCCAGAUUUAUCGUCUAUAGUUAUAAAUACAAACAUGAUGAUGGACGUGUUUCCUAUCCCCUCUGCUUCAUCUUCUCCAGCCCGGCGGGUUGUAAACCUGAGCAGCAGAUGAUGUACGCGGGAAGCCUGAACAGACUGGUGCAAACUGUGGAACUGACCAAGGUGUUUGAGAUCAGAAACACAGAGGACCUGACGGAGGAAUGGCUCCGAGAGAAACUCGGGUUCUUCGGCUAAAGACUUCUCCGGGUCUGGGGAGGGAGGAGGGUCCAGAUAGAGUUCCCCUCCUCUUCGGGGCAGAGCCGAUUCAAACAGUGUUUGCAGAAACCUUCUGUACUCAGUUCUUCGGCCUCUCUGGUAUUUACGGAGCAUUAUUCAGUGCGGCGCUCAUUAAUCCUCAUCUGGCGCCUGAAACUGAAAACACUGUUUGACGCAGUUCUGCGUUCGUCUCCGUACAAUCUCUCCAUGUGCCAGUUGUGUUUCUGGAUUAACGCUCCAAAGCUCUUAAAGGUCAGAACCGAUAGAUCCACCCGCCCUUCCUCAGCGUCUUCUUCAGAGUUCACACUCUUAGAUGUUUUAUAAUCUGAGGGAGUUUUACUUUGGGAUGUUUUAUGUUUGGGGUGUUUUGAGGUUUAUGUGAACAUUUACUUUGUAGCAGUAAUUUCCUUUUGUUGUGACAAACUUCCUGCUGGAACAUAAUUAUGAACAAUCAACUACAAUGUAAGAAAACAAUAUAGAAUUAAUCUUGUAGUCUUUCCUUAAUUUAAGGGCAUUUAAAUGAUCAUUUAUGUAACAAACUGUAAAGAGCUGCAGCGAUUAGUCGACGCAGAAAUAUAAUCGUCAACUAUUUAGAUGAUCGAUUAAUCGUUGAAGUGUGGAGAUCUGCUGCUUCUCUCUGUUUUAUAUCAGAUUAAAGGGACAAAACAAGACUUUUAAAGACGUCAGGAAACUGGGACCGACAUUUGAUUCACUAAAAGAAUAAUCUAGAGAAUAAUCUGCGGAUUAAUUUAUAAAGAAGACAACACCGGUCCUCAGAGCAUAAUAACACUAAGACGCUCCUGAGACAUGUGAUGGACCGUCUCCUGUGUGCGUGAGGAAGCUGGCAGAAGCCCCCGCGUGGCGCUCCUCACGCUGCACAUCUGUUUACAGAGAAAACAGUGUGCAUCAUGGGUAAUCUGCCUUUCACCUGCAUGUUUGUGACGAACGAUCUCACACUAAAAACAACAUUCACACUAAAACAUUCCAGACUGAACAAUUUAUUACUGACAACAAACCUCCGUCUCUGGCGGCCAUCUUGAAAACACUGCACACACACACACACACACACACACACACACACACACACACACACACACACACACACACACACACACACACACACACAUAUGCAGGGGGGAGGGGGGGGGGGGCAUUACCUGCCCUCUUUUUAAUGGACUGUUGUGUGUCUUGAGGGACAUUGUGAGCUACUAUUGUGCGUGAUUAGUGUUUCUGAAUGUUGUGCUUCAUUCUGACGUAAAGCCUCACUUCGGUUGCUGUGUGAGUCAAAGAUGGCGGCUGUGACUCCUCAACAUGCCCGUUGUGUUUAACGUUUACACUUCGUAGGUCGGCAUCGGUGGAAAUGUACAUUACUCUAUUGGGUUGGACCAACACGGCUCUCUCAAGGCAGAGAUUUGUGUUUUGUGCCGAUAUGAAUUAUUCAAACCGUAAAACAAAGUGACUCCACCAACACAACGCUAUAAGACUUUAAAUGUACCAGAGAUGUGCUUAUUAUAUGAAAUAAGACAUUCAGCAUUAAAAAAGGCAUUACAUUUUUUAUUUUAGUCAACGUGCUGGAGUUCAGACAACAAGAGACGUGUCUCUGCUGUCGGAUCUUCUUCAUUCAAACCAUCCAACACACUAAAACUCAAACCGGUCGCUCGUGCUUUAAGGAUGCGUGGCUGUUCACAGCAGGGCGACUUCAAACCUGAGAAAAUAAACGUAUUCUGCAGGUUUCAUGAGCUAAACUUCUAUUAUUCACAUUUCUAAUAAAAGCUUAAUAUCGGCUGUUUAUUGUCCGACCCGAAUAAAGAAUAACAGACACUCAUUAAUUCUACAUUAGUGUCUCGGUAAUGUAUGAUGUGAUACUCAGUCUAACUUAACUACGCCUUUUCUUAAUUUUAUAUUGUGUCAUAUUUACUUCUCUUUAAAAAACAAUGUUGAGGCCAAAAUGAAGACACGACACAAAUAUGUUUCGUGGGAACGAGUAGAAGGAGAUUAGAAAAAGGUUGUUGGGGAUUAUAAUGUUCUUGUUUUUAAGACUUUUUGUUUCUUUAAUCUGGGUUGAGAUCUGACUCUGACACGUUGGCACAAUCACAGGAGUUCAUGUACAUCAUGUGAUUCCUGUUUAAUGAUUGACGUGUUAAUCCAACAGGAACAGUGUUUAACUGAUGUUACUCAGUGUUCUGCUGAACUUAUACGAUAUCCUUUGUGGGUAAAACCUUUUAUGACCCUACGACCUGCAAAACCCUUUCAAAACGUUUCAACUGUCAAAACAAAUGUAAAUCUGAAAUCGAGGACGUCUGUCUUUACAUUUCAUUUGAUUUCAAUGUGAACGUAAAAACCUUCAGCUGUGGAGCGACUGUAGAAGACGUGCAUGCUUUAAUGUGAACGGUGUUCCUAAAGAAUGUGCUGCUCUUGCAUGCAUUUUAAAUUACAAUUUAUUUGCAUAUGAACUAUUUAAAAAGGGGCAACACUUGCAUCUCAAACAUUGAUCUCAGCUGUGUUCUUGAAAUAUUUACAUACCGACAGAAAACCUCCCAGAAAUGUGUCGUAAUAGAUUGAAAUACAUUUCUCAUGUGUCUGGUUGUCCUGUGGAUCUGUGUGGUGAACCUGUUGUGUCUUUACCUGCACAUGUGCUGUUCAGCGUCUUCUCUGAUCAAAUGCCACGAUUGUCUUUCCUUUUUUAAUAAAACACCUGAGACGUUUAUCUUUACCAGCUGCCUCGUGGCAUCAGUGAAACUUGACAUAUUUGUAUUUUCCAUACUUUAUAAAGUGUCUUUUGUCCUAUUGUCCAAAUAAAAUGACAGUGAUGUUUAA